AUGACAUGGUGUUCGAGCGAUUGUAUCUUUUCCGAACGGGGAGGGGUCGUGGAGAAUCGGCAUCACGUCCAUGCCGCCGUCGUGGACCGUACGGGCAAAUUACUCUAUUCGGUCGGCAAUCCCAUGCGGAUCACUCUGGCAAGAUCGACCGCAAAGCCGGUCCAAGCGCUCGCGGUGCUGGAAACCGGGGCGCAUGAGAUCUUCAACCUGGACACUGGCGACAUCGCGUUGAUGUGCGCGUCGCACAGCAGCGAGGACGAACACGUGGGCCGGGCCGCGAACAUGCUCGCCAAAGCGCGGGCCGGCGAGGCGGACCUGCGCUGUGGAGGCCAUGCCUCCCUGUCCGAGACGGUGAAUGCGAACUGGGCCCGGGCAGGGAUCACCCCUACCGCCAUCCACAACAACUGCUCCGGCAAGCAUGCGGGCAUGAUCGCCGGGGCACGGGCGCUGGGGACCCGGAUCGAGGACUACCAUCGCCUGGAGCAUCCGUUGCAAGGCCAGGUCCGCCACGCGAUCGCCGACCUGUCCGGCCUCGACCCCGGGGAUAUCGUCUGGUGUAUUGACGGGUGUAAUCUCCCAGCACCCGCUCUUCCGCUGCAGAAUCUCGCGACGGUGUUUGGUCGCCUCGCCGAAUCGGCCGAUGAAGUCCAGAGGAGUCUGGACUCGGUUUCAACCACCGCCAGGACGCGACACCUGUCGCAAGUCUUCACCGCAAUGGUGCAGCACCCGGAGCUGGUCGCUGGACAGGGGCGCUUCUGCACCACCCUCAUGCAUGCCUACGGGGGCGCGGUGGUCGGUAAGCUGGGGGCGGACGGCUGCUACGGGGUUGCCGUCCGAGCCUCCGAAUGCGGCGCCCAGAUGCCUGGACGGGAUGGAGCGAUUGGCAUCGCGGUCAAAAUCGAAGAUGGCAACAUUGGCAUGCUUUACGCGGCGGUCAUGGAGAUACUGCAGCAACUCGGCAUCGGGACGCCGGAGAUCUGGCACCGGCUGGCGAGUUUUCAUCAUCCAAAGCUCGUCAACACUGCUGGUGUAACAACGGGGUCUGUGAAGUUCGAUUUCAAAGUACAGAAAGCACUCUAG